GCGCGCCAUUAGAGGACAUUGUAGUGCAGAAACCUCAGCAAUUCUUAAUCACCAGUGGCCGUUUUUUGUAAGCAAUGUUGAAGGAAGGCAUUUGUGCUCUGGGGAAAUCUAAGCCAUUGAAUUAUUUAAACCAAGUCUGUGACACUUAUUCCAGUCCCUUAUCAUACCUAUCAACUCAACACCCAAGAAGACAAAAACAAUUACAAAAUAAUAUUGCUUACCGUGUUGUUACUACGAGCGUAUCAUAAGCUUAAAUAUGUGUCAAGCAGCCGGCGAUUCCUCAUCCACUGAGCGAGCCACAUUGACGGCCGCCGCCAGAACUCUGGUGCCUGACCAUCCGGCUGCGCAAGAGGCCCUUGAUGUUGCUCUUAAAUCUCUGGCCCCUUCGCUAUUCUAUCACAGUUUUCGAUUAUUUAUUUACGCUCAGGCGCUACUGAAGACACCAGCUGCGGGACUGCCCGGCUCUUUCGAGGCCUUCAAGGGAAUUCCAGUUGAGACCCAUGUGCUCUUCGUUGCGUGCAUCUACCACGACCUGAGCACGCUUGAAAAAUAUGAUAGUAACCCCAAGCGCUUCGAGAUUGUUGCUGCCGAUGAAGCAGUCGCAGUGCUUCUCAAGCACGGCGUAAGCGAAUCUGCUGCCCGAGAGGCUUGGCUCGCGAUGUCGCUUCACACAACACCUCAUAUUCCAGAGAACCUCGGAGGCACUGUGCAGGCCGUCCGCCUGGGCAUCAGGACCGAGUUUCGCGGAUAUCAGUUGUCAAAGGACGCGCUGACGGAGGAGCAGUGGAGGAUUGUCAAGGAAGACCUGCCCCGUCUUGAGAUCGAGAAAGAUCUGGGAAAUGCACUUGCGCAACAGGGAGUUCGCAAUGAAGAAAAGGUACCCAGAUUGACAUGGGCAGGCGAGCUCACGAAAUGGGCAAAGGCAAACCCAGGCUACGAAGGCGUCAACCAAGCGUUUUAAGGCGAGGCCAAGGAUAAUAUCCCGAGAACAUAAUGAACAUGGCAGGACGCAGUGUCAAGGGGCUGAUUCUUGGCCAUGUUCAACUCCGAAGCUGUAUAUAACCCAGAUCUCACCGAUAUAAUAAGAAUACUCCGUGAGUGACUUAAUGCCCG